AUGGCUUGUUGCUUGUGUUUUGGGACCAUUGCUUGGUGUGUGGAAGUCUUUUACAUUUACUUCCAUGCUGGCAGAGUUGAAGAGCCCUAUGUCAGCAUCACAAAGAAGAGGCAGAUGCCCAAGGAUGGGUACUCGGAAGAAAUUGAGAAGGAAGUGGGCCAGGCUGAAGGCAAGCUGUGUACACACAGGUCUGUUACGUUCCUCGGCUCAGCACCCCAGCUCACGCUCCAGCUCUACAUCUGCGUCCUGCAGCAGGAGAUCACAGCUGCCAGAAGUAUUUUUAUGGUCCUUUCUCUCCUGUCAAUUGUAUAUGGCGCCUUACGCUGCAACAUCCUGGCUAUUAAGAUUAAGUAUGAUGAUUAUGAUGUCAGCGUGAAACCAGCCGCCUACCUCUGCAUAUUCAUGUGGAGAAGCUUUGAGAUUGCUACGCGGGUUACGGUGUUGGUCCUUUUCAGUUCAGUCCUUCAAAUCUGGACUCUCCCCGUUGUGCUAGUGAAUUUCUUUGGUUUUUUCUUCUACCCAUGGAUUCUCUUCUGGCAAAGCAAGUCCCCGUUUCCCGAGAACAUAGAGAAGGCACUGAGCAGGGUCGGCACUACCAUCGUCUUGUGCCUUCUCACCUUCUUGUAUGCUGGCAUUAACAUGUUCUGCUGGUCAGCAGUGCAGGUGAAGCUCAAUGAUCCUGACUUAAUUAACAAAUCCCAAAAUUGGUACCGACUGACUGUGUAUUACAUGCUGAGAUUCAUUGAGAAUGCAUUCCUCCUGCUGAUGUGGUACCUCUAUAAAACUGAUAUCUACCUGUAUGUCUGUGCCCCUUUGUUGGUCUUGCAGCUCCUGAUAGGUUACUGCAUGGCUGUCCUCUUCAUGUUGGUGUUCUACCAGUUCUGCCACCCAUGCAAAAAGCUUUUCUCAUCCAGCAUUUCCGAAGGUUUGUUCUCCUGUUUCAAGUUCCUCUGCUUUAUUUGCAAGCCUCCCAAAUCCACCAUACUGAUGGACAAGGCAGAGGUGAAAUCUGAAAAUACUGAUGAAGCACGGAGCAGUAGCAAGACAAUAGAUUCUCAAAAGGCAAAUCCUCAUCAAAGUGUUUCUUCCAAUGCCUAG